GCCGCGAGACGACGGAAGGGGUUGCGGUGGCCAUGGUGACGGGAGGCGGGGCGUGGCGCCAGGAGGUCGGUAACCGACUCCGACCCCGCUCUUGCGGCGGCUCGCGUUGAGGCCCGGCGGGGCGUGGAGGCCCGACCAGCGCGUGGCUGCAGCCGGGACCCUGAGGUCGGGGCCUCGCGCGUAGGUGCUGACCCGGCUGGGCUGUGAGUCGGCCAUCGCCUCCGUGGCAAGGCCUCCCCGAUGCCGGUUGGGGCUUUGCGGAGCAGAGCGGAGGCUGGGCCCGGGCCGCGGGCGGGGUAAGAGGCUGACGGGCCCUCUCGCCCGCACCGGGUGGAUGCGGCAGCGGCGGCGGCAAUGGACGCUCUAGAGGAGGAGAGUUUCGCGCUGCCUUUCUCUUCCGCUUCUGAUGCAGAAUUUGACGCUGUGGUUGGAUAUUUAGAGGACAUUAUCAUGGACGAUGAGUUCCAGUUAUUACAGAGAAAUUUCAUGGACAAGUACUACCAAGAGUUUGAAGACACAGAAGAGAAUAAACUCACCUACACGCCUAUUUUUAACGAGUAUAUUUCUCUGGUAGAAAAGUACAUUGAAGAACAGCUGCUGGAGCGGAUUCCUGGGUUUAACAUGGCGGCUUUCACAGCAACUUUACAGCACCAUAAAGAUGAAAUGGCCGGUGACAUAUUCGACAUGCUGCUCACGUUUACGGAUUUUCUGGCUUUUAAAGAAAUGUUUCUGGAGUACAGAGCAGAAAAAGAAGGCCGGGGACUGGACUUAAGCAGUGGUUUAGUGGUGACUUCGUUGUGCAAACCCUCCUCUGUGCCGGCUUCGCACAACAACCUGCAGCACUAGGCCCUCCCCUGGGUAGUGAGCGUGUUCUGGGCUGUGGUAGCCCAGUAUCUGGGGAGAGGCUUCCGCUAACCAUGGAUGGAACACAUCUAGGAAAGGCUGGCUCCGUUCUGCAGUCUUCAUUAACGUUAAGUAUUAAUGGGUCAAAAAAAAUAUUACCUGACCCUCCUGGGACCUGAUGCCUCUGAAAAACCUUGUGUUGAGACCCUAGUACUGCCCCCACCCCGAGUAGAGACCUUUCUCAGGGGCUUGAGUUGAGCUCCUCUGGAGCAAGCCCACGUCCCGCAUUCCACCUGGGGGGCCCUUCCCCAGUAUACGCGUUGGUGUCAGCACCCUCCAUCACCAGCCCUUUGUCCCAGCAGGCUUUGCAUGAAUCUUGUGCACUCAGAGCUUUUCACAUGUGUCAGUUUCAGUCCUUAAGCCUCAGUGGGGUUUUUGACUGUCUGGGAAUAUUUAUCUAGGGUGUGGCUCAAGCAGCUGCCCGUCUGGAGGUUUCUAGAGUUCCUAUUAUCCCAGCUAGUCUUGUCUGUAGGAAUCAACUGCGAUUUAUCUAAAAUAUCCUUUAUCUAAAAGCUUAUGUGAAAACUAGUCUUAUAGUUGUAGUGCUUGUAUCCCUAUGUCUUCUGCUGAUGUAGUCCCCGUUUCUAGAACUCUCUUAAGCAUUUUUGAGAAAAUAUUUUUAUAGAUGAAUACUCAGGCUAACCUAGUGGAUAUAGUCUUGGAACUUCCAUGAUUACCCACUUAAAGAUCAAAGUAUUAUAUGCUGUGUGCUUUUUAGUUGUCAGUGCUCCAAAAGCAAAAGUGCCACGUUGGCGCUCCUGUUUUACUGGGCACCAAUGAAUGUGUGCUUGUGCUGGAAGUAGGCUAAAAGGUAUCCUUUUCCUGUAGCAUGUCAAGUGUUUGUGCAGGUUUCUUUAAAACCCUUUCUGUAGUUUGUUAGGUUUUCUGUUGGGUAGGGACUCUGCAAUUCCUUCUUCCUGUCAGUCUUCCUACCAAGACGGUGUCUUGCUGGUCUAGCUCCCCAGGGAUAGGAGACAGCAAACAGCUUUAUGGGUCAUCUGCCUGCUUUGAUUUAGUACAUUGACUUAGUACAAUGUUUGAUAGAAUGUUAUUGAUCAGAAAACAUGGAUGUCACAUCUCUAGAAAGAAGAAUUAUUAUUAGAUUUUUUUUUUUUUAAGUAAAAGUAACAGUCUGUACUGACUUUUCACUUGGCUAUUCUGGUUUUAACAGAUGAGCUAUAGACUAUGUGUUUUCUGUACCGAUAUGGCGCAUAUUAAAUACUUUUGUACCAUGAAUAAAAUUUGAGGUGUUUUGCAAGAA